AAUAAUCAUGAUAUGAUCUGCCAAUGAUGUAUGUCAAUUAUGUGCAUAGCAUCAAAUAUUAGACCACCAACUAUUAUGGGUGGAUUUGCAUCAGUUUAUUAACCUGCUAGGUUAUGCAUGCAUUAUGAAUGCAUUAAUUGUACUUGCUUAUAUACGACAUGACUUGAUCUUAAAUAAAGUAGUCGCUAAAUGUACUCGUUGAGCAGAUGAGCUAAACCCUUAUUUUGAACACGUUAUCAGCACGGCUCUAGUUACUGCUCAACUUAAUCUGAAAAGAUUAAAAUGUGAAAAGUUCUACUAUAUAAAAAAGUGAAACUGAGACCAAGAUCUGAAAAAGACUUGUGACUAAUUCAACAUUGUUAAGUUGUUCUAAUAGUAAGUCAGAAAAUGACUUCGACUACAAAAAUUUCCAUGAGGAGAUUUGAUACUUCAUCCAUCUCCAAGUUAAACGGAGAAAAUUACACGGUUUGGAGGAUAAGAACAAUUAACGGAGAAAAAUCGGUGGAGUGGGAUUUCUAUCAAGUUCGGAACCAACUGACGUAUAAAAAUUUUUUCACAGCAGUCACACCAACAGAGUAUUUCCAAAGCAAAUUAGGUAAUGACGAUACUGGUGAUGCAGAUGAAAGUACAAAUUCCAGUCGUGGGCGGAUUUUGGGGUUCUUGGCACAUUUGAAAAAUAGGAUUAAAGACGUGGCAUGCUUGGUGACUGUGUUUAUACCUCAGUGGUGCAAAAAAUACGAAAAAUCACAAUUAGACCAUGAACAGCGUAACGAGAACGACUACUCUGGAGAAAGUCUGAACAAUUACGAUGAGACCACGAGCAUUUCAAACGAAGAAGACGAUAAUCACAGCAGUUCAGAGCUGUCUAACCCAGAUACCACAGGAGACCAAAGACAAAGAGACAGCAAGGAAGAAGAGUACACGAGCCCCCAACCAAAAUCUGUUCCAGGGAUCAACGAAGCGUCGUUUGAGUCAAGCGAGGAACCGUCAUCGCCAGCAACACAGAAGAGUUCAAUAGAAAAUUCAAAUACAAUUGAAGAAACUGAAGCAAAAAAUAGCAAUGAACACGAGUCUCAUCAUGGAAAGUUUGAACAUAAUGCUGUCAAAGAAAAUAAAACACAAUUGCUGGAACUGGGCUCGUCAUCGUCAGAAAGCGACGAAGGUACAGAUGCAAUAAAACCAAAACAAGGAGGGCGAAGUAUGACUAAAUCUCAUAGCCAAAGUCAUGAUCAAAAUCCGUCAGAUCAAGUACACAAUAAAUUUAUUUGUCCAAGAGGCAGUGGAGCUAUCUUAAAAGAAAACCGUUGCUUUUGUCCAAUGGGGACAGUUCUUCAAAAUAGAAAAUGUCUGAACAAAACUUCCACAGGAAUUGAUGACAGUGAAAGCUUGGGAUCUUCAGAUGGUGGACCAAUAAAGAAACAUGGAAAUGAACCAAAGAAUCUCAAGACAGCAGAUGUUGCUGAGGCUAAUAACAAUUUGGACGAUGUUGAACUAAAAUUAGCGAAGCGUGCAACGCUUAAUGAAAAUGAGCAUGAUGUCCAUCAAAACUACAGCGUCCCUUCGUCCCUUGGUCCAUUUUACGCAGAGUUGCAAAAGGUUUAUUUUAGCAAAGAGACAGCACGUGCAAUUAUGAAAAAAGUACCCCAGAAAGCGUUCGAGUUUUUUAAAGACCGAUACAAAAUAAGAAAUAACAAGGAAACUGGUCAUCCGGAAUUCGAAUCUUCGAAACUUCCGUUCACAGGAAUAAUGAAUUGCGAAUAUGAAGAAAAGAAACUAGCAAAUUUUAAUGGAACAACAGAAGAAAAUAUUGUUGACUAUUUUCUCUAUGCUCUAAGGGCUCAGUGUCAUCGUAAACUUAGAAAAAAUACGUUAAAGCUAUUUGACUCUGACCUUGUUUUCAUGCGUGAUAACAUUCACCAUCAAAUUAUUGAACUGAACACAACAUCAGAGUUGAUUGAAGCAAAGAUACUAAACAAACUGGACUGGCAAAACUUGAUCUCUGCAAUUUUUCUUUCAAAGUUUUCUGAAGCCUUUUCCGAACAAAAGGAAAACUUGGACAAAGGAAUUCAAGACAAUAUUUCACCAGAUAGAAAACGUAUCCCCCUCACGCUAAGAACACUUACAGUCAUGAUUGAAAAAAUUAUGCACCUUCUAAAACAAGAAUUUCAGUCUCACGCUGUAAAGAUCACAAAAGCCUUGGUGGUGACCAUCACAGAGUACAUUCAAAAUUUUCAUAAGCAGGAAUUUAUUGUGGACUUGUACUGUAAGGGGUGCAAAGCGGAGCAUGUUUUGUACCAUCAAGUUAUGAAACAACUUUCCCUGCUUUCUGACUACGUCAUAUUCGGUUUUCAAGCCAUUAUACAAGAAUCUCUCACCUUUGAUGACUUUUACAUGAGCGUUGCCAACAUUAAUGAAUCAGCUGAAGCUGAUUACGACUACAAUUCAUCACAGACUGAAGAAAAUGAAAAUCUUUAAUAAAGCAUGUCUCCCCAACUCACUGCGAGCGAAAAUCUUCGGUGAAGAUCAACGUGCUCAUAAUUUCAUAUUACUUUUUACAUUCAUAUUCUGUCAAAAAUUAAAUUUCCUACAGUAAUUUACUUUGCUGC